AUGGUCUCUAAUUCCAAGAGCUGUCCCAAGCAGGAGGAAUGGCAAGAGUGCAUCUGGUGCUUACCCCCAGCCACACCUGGUGGAGCAGCCGACUCCAUAAGCGGCUCCAAGGAGUGGGAGGAGGCUGUUACCUGGAGCAGAAAGAUGAGUACAGAGCUUGGACAGCAGCAGCAGUCUGGGGGCAGAAGGGGCCGUAGUUCUGGGGACAAGAAAUCCAAAAAGCGUAGCCGGCGCAAAGAAACCUACUCAAUGUAUAUCUACAAGGUGUUGAAACAGGUGCACCCUGACAUCGGCAUCUCUUCCAAGGCCAUGAGCAUCAUGAACUCCUUUGUGAAUGAUGUGUUUGAGCGGCUGGCUGGAGAGGCUGCCCGGCUGGCCCAGUACUCUGGCCGAACCACACUGACUUCCCGGGAAGUCCAGACAGCUGUGCGUCUGCUGCUACCUGGGGAGCUGGCCAAGCAUGCUGUGUCUGAGGGGACCAAGGCUGUCACCAAGUACACCAGCUCCAAGUGACCUAGGCCUUAACAUAAAUAAAGGGUGAACUGCUCCUGUGCACUGUGAUGAUUCGAAAGAUGGAUGUGUGAAGCAGGGGUGUGA